AUGCUUCCAAGAGAAGACCAGGUGUCCGGACAACAAGAAAGAAGAAUACCUAAUGGAGAAGCAGGUUUCUCAGGUUGUUCUAAUGGAGAAGCAAAUAUUUCAAUAGGAUCUCUGAAUAAUUUUCCUAGAAACCCUAACCGCUACAAAAUCUCUCUUUUUUCUGUUCAACUUCCCCUUUGGGCUUUGGCCGUUAUGGGUAGCAAAAAGCUCCAAACCGAGCCACAAGUCCUCAACACCAACGAGAAUGGUGACACAAAACUCCAGAAAAAGCACAAACGAAAGCUUGAAGAAGCUGAAAUCGUUACGGAAUCAAAGAAAGAUCUGAAGAAGAAGAAAAAGGAAGAGAAACAGGAAGAAGAGGCUGAAACACUAAAUGGUUCGAAUGAAAUAUCGGCAAAAAAGAAGAAAAAGGGCAAAGAAGUGGGAGAAAAGGAGAUUUUGAAUGAUGGGUCUGUUGAAAAAGCAAAGAAUAAGAAGAAAAAAGACACAGAGGGAGAAGGAAUAGAGAGUUCGAAUAACAAUUUUAGGGGAGAGAAAACAAUUGAGGAGGUUAGAGAAAGCAGCGGUGUAGUGGUAUCAGGGAAUAAUGUGAAUGAUUCGAAAUAUAAGUCAUUGAAUUCGUUCGUAGAAUCGGGGCUUCCAAGUGAGGUCUUGGAAUGCUGCAAGAACUUUGAUAAGCCAUCCCCAAUUCAAUCCCAAUCCUGGCCUUUUCUGUUGGACGGUCGUGAUUUUAUUGGAAUUGCUAAGACUGGCUCCGGCAAAACACUGGCUUUUGGGAUUCCUGCAACCAUGCACGUUUUAGGCAAGAGAAAGAGCAAAAUCUCUAAGAAAGUGAAUCCACUAUGUCUUGUCCUUUCGCCUACAAGGGAGCUAGCUCAACAAAUAUCGGAUGUUCUUUGUGAUGCUGGGAAGCCUAGUGGGGUGCAAUCAGUUUGUAUAUAUGGAGGAACUUCUAAAGGACCUCAGAUGUCUGCUCUGAAAUCUGGUGUUGACAUUGUUAUUGGAACACCCGGUCGUUUAAGGGACUUGAUUGAAAUGCGAGUGUGCCACCUGAAGGAGGUGUCUUUUGUCGUCCUAGAUGAAGCUGAUCGAAUGCUUGACAUGGGAUUUGAACCUGAGGUUCGCUCAAUACUAAGUCAAACAAACAAAGCUCGUCAGAUGGUAAUGUUCAGUGCAACGUGGCCUCCAGCUGUCCAUCAAUUAGCCCAAGAAUUCAUGGAUCCCUGCCCUGUUAAGGUGGUUGUUGGUUCAGAGGAUUUAGCUGCCAACCAUGAUGUCAUGCAAAUAGUGGAGGUCUUGGAUGACCGAGCGCGUGAUGAACGAUUGCAGUGCUUGUUAGAAAAAUAUCAUAAGUCCAGAAGGAAUAGAGUAUUGGUUUUUGUUUUAUACAAAAAGGAAGCAUCUCGUGUUGAGAGUAUGCUUCAGAGAAGGGGUUGGAAAGUUGCAUCUAUAAGUGGUGACAAAGCACAACAUGCACGUACAAAGGCACUGUCACUGUUUAAGGAGGGAGCCUGUCCUCUAAUGAUAGCCACUGAUGUGGCUGCUCGAGGAUUGGAUAUUCCUGAUGUUGAAGUUGUAAUAAAUUAUAGUUUUCCACUCACGACAGAGGAUUAUGUCCAUAGAAUUGGUAGGACUGGACGAGCUGGAAAGAAGGGGGUGGCUCACACUUUCUUCACUAAGGACAACAAGGGACUUGCUGGAGAGUUGAUAAAUGUUCUCAAGGAAGCUCAGCAGGUUGUACCUGAAGCCCUACUAAAAUUUGGGACUCAUGUAAAGAAAAAGGAAUCCAAGUUGUACGGUGCUCAUUUCAGAGAAAUCGAUUCAAAUGCUCCCAAGGCUACAAAAAUAAAGUUCGACUGUUCAGACAAUGAAGAUUGA